AUGUUACAUUCUCAAGACAUAGAAGAAUCCAAUAGUGAUAAUGAUGUAGAAAUCGAUGAUGAUGAACUUGAUGAAAAUGAAGACAUAUUUGCUGGACCAGAAAAGAAUUUGAAAUUACCUCUUGAACAAGAAGUGUCUGAAAAUCGCAUUCAAUUGGCAAUCGAAGAAUUCGAACGGAAUUUUGCCGAAGUUUAUCCAUCUACAGGACCAGCACUAUUUAUCGGUUCACUCAAUGAAGCAAUGAAGCAUUCAUUAUUUGAUCAUGUUGACCGACGUCCUUUGUUGCUCUAUUUGCAUCGAAAUAGAACACCAUCUACACAUGUAUUGUGUAAAAAUAUACUUUGUAACAGUGAAAUUAUCGAUUAUAUUGAUAAAAAUUAUCUUGUCUGGGCAUGGGAUUGUACAAGAGAUGCUAAUUAUCAACGGUUUCUAUUAAUGUUACUUAAACAUGUUGGUCCUAAAGUUACAGCAAUGAUGGCUAAAAUACCUAUUGAUGACUAUCCGCAGUUGAUCUGUUUUUUAUGCGAACAAGAUCAAAUCAAUGCUAUUAAAGUUAUUUCCCAUCCUGAUAAUAGCUCGUCUGUAGAUGAAAUAUAUAUGCGUCUUCUUAAUCUAAGAGAACAAUUCGAUUCUUCAAUGGAGAUAAUUCACAGUAAAAUUCAAAACUCAUCUAUCUCAUUCUGUGAUAGUUGGUCACCUCCAAUGAGUCAAUUGCAUGUUCUCGAUCAACAAACAGAUGAAUUUCGAAAUGUUGCUAGUUAUUUUAUUGAUAAUCGUUGUCAAAUUAUUCGUGUUGAACGCAUUGAAAAUGAAAUAUGGCAUAACAUAUAUAAAAAAGAGAAGAAAACAAUUGAUAAACGCCUUUAUUCCAAUUCAACUGAUCGUGUUCUCUUUCAUGGUUGUUUACAAACAGCUUCUGAAGAAAUUUUACAACGAGGAUUUGAUAAAAGAAUUAUUGGUAUACAUGGUACAGACUAUGGCGAUGGAUUCUACUUUUCAACAAAUCCAAUGCGUAGUCACAUGUAUGCUUUGCCUGAUCUAUCACGAUGGGGUGAACGAACAAUGCUCGUAUGUCAUGUUAUAAUCGGCAAAACGUGUCAUGCUCAUUCGAUGAUUGAACCCCAUGGCAUACAAUACGAUUCCGUCACUGAUGGAUCAGAGAUUUAUGUUGUCUCUUCAAAUCGACAAAUUAUACCGAACUAUCGUGUCACAUACAAAUAUAUUUCGUGA